AUGGGCCGAGAGCGUAGGUCAGAACUGGUAAGAGAAGUAAAUGAGUCAAUAAACGUUUGCAAAAGCCAGUGGUCCUUUAUUGCUCAACCAAGGUACUCAAGAGGGAUUGUUGGUUGCAUGUAACUUGGAACUGUGACCAUUGUUCAAAUGCCUGGAGUUCUCAGGCUGCUGCUAAAAAGUGCAUUGAUAAAGCUGUAGACUAGGGUGGAUAGGAUAGGCCUGGACUGAUAACUCCUGAUUUUCAGUUCCAUGCAAGCAGUUUGUGUUUCCUUAUAGACAGCUUUUUAAAUGUACUGCUGCUUUCUGAAGACACCCCCUCCCCAAUCCACACGUGGAAGUGUGUGUGUGUGUGUGUGUGUGUGUGUGUGCUUCUGUUUGCUUCUGAAGUAGCAGAGUGAAGACUACACUGAUGUUUUCUUGAAGCUCUACAGUGUUGGGAGAACGUGACGAUCUUUUCCAACAAAAGAGAUUGAGUAGCAACCAUGCAUAGUUGUGGCAGAACAUUACCUGUAUUGCGUUUCCACCAUAUGUCACACCCAAGAGGCAGGUGGCCUAGUUUCAGAAUCAUAGUGAAACCAUUAAUAAUGCUUCACUCAGAUGCAAUGAAGUUUAACAGGGAGAACAAUUCUCUUCGCAGAGGAUUUCUUCCCUCUUUGGCUUGAUGUUUGUAGUGGGCCUUCCACAUUGAGGUUUAGGGAGGAACCUUCAAAACUGCUCCUUUUCGGGGGGGGGGUGAUAGAGCAUGUUGAGGGUGGUAGAGGACCACUGGUGUGCAUGGGGCAGUUUUGCCAGAGCUAUUGGCACCAACUGAUAGCUUUCUCCCCUUCAAAUAGAACUACAGGAACCUUAUAUGAGCUUAAGGAGCCCAUUAGUUUUGCAUUCCCUCAAAUCUUUUUGAGGUAUCUAUUUUAUCCAGAAUCAACUGAUUUGUCUUCAGCAAUGCUUUAUCUCUCCUAUCGGUCAUACAUGCUUAUUACUAAAUCUGGGAAUGCUCAGCAGAGCUUAGCCUCUAGCAGAUUCCCAGUUAGGUUUGUAGUGGAGAAUUAAAAUUAUUAUGAAGCUGCUGCACCAACACCCCACCCUGCAUGCUUCAGGACAAGGGUGGAAUGUGGCAAGUCAGGUGAAUUUUGUCUCCUCCAUAGGUAAAUAAGACAAGCAGGUUUCUGGGUUGGUCCAUGGAUAUGGAUUGGUCCAGAAGCACCUUGCAUCUUUCAUCUCCAAAUUGGAUAAGGGACAGUCUAGUCAGUCAGCCAUCUAUGAAUGGUUCCUCGACUUUACAGAUUAUGUUCUGUGUGAAGAAUCAGUUUUCAUUUAUAUAUGCUUCUGGGUUCACUUGGAUCCAAAAGUCUACCAUAAGGUAGUACUCCAGAGUGCUGUGGGAGGUGGAGAGUUUUUGACCACGGAAAAGAGAAGGGGCAGUUCUUAUUCAUGCCAUUUUGACCUGGGAGCAUUCUAGUGGGUCCCUUGUUCAAGGAAAACUAUGGACAAGACACUGGCCUUUAUAGCUUAAAGUUGCAGAAUUUCAAGUUCGUACAUUUGGGGUAAGGGUUAAAAGAAAUGUAUUAGCAUCUUUUGAAUUUAGGUAGUGUUUUUAUUUCACUUUGACUCAUCCUUAUGAUUAUGAAAAUACAAUCCUGAGAAACAACGCAACUUGAUUGGCUGCCAUGUUCUGUCUCUUAAAACUGCUAAUCAUCUGACCUGCUUGGAAAUGGUUCACUAGAACUCAAUGGCCAUCCAGUGAAGCUCAGUACUGGGGACAGAUAAAAGAAAGUGAAACUAUGGAAUUCAUUGCCAGAGCCGGCCCUGAAGACCACUAACUUGGGUGGCGUUGCAAGUGGAAGAAUCAGAUUCAUGGAGGUAGAGAUCAUGGCUACUAACCAUAAUGGCUGCUCUCUGCUUACAUAGGCAUCUGGUUGGCCACUGUGAGAACAGGGUUCUGGAGUAGAUGGCCCCUGCCUUAAUCCAGCAGGUUCUUAGGACAAUGCACUACCUUCAGGCUCCAUUUAUAGACAUAAGAGAUAAGCCUGCAACAAGCCAGCAUGUUACUGUUUUUUCCUUGUCUGCUAGAACACAAAAGCUGAACUACUUCAGUACUAGAUGUGUGUGUAAGGUUAACUGCAAUGAUUGGCCUGGAUCUUAGAGGAUGCAAGUGCCUCUUAGGUUGAAGUAGUUCAUAUUUUCAUUGAUAGUAUUUUACGUUACUUUUCAUAAUGGAACGAUAAAUUGCACUGCUGUUGCAGACAUACUGAUUUUCAAAGUGUAGAUUUGGUGUUCUAAGCAGGACUUCGUUUCUGACAGGAGACAUUCAUUUCUCAAGCUUUCCUGGCUCCUACCUUUAUGCCACAAUCAAAAAGUAAUGUAGAAAAUAGGACCCCUACAUAACUUAAUGAAAAUGUAUGAGUUUACAAGUGACACUUAAAGCUCUGGCUUCUGCUGUGCCUCUUCAGCUGAAACCUAAGGCACCCAUGUAAUACAAUCUGAAGCAUAUUUUACUCAGAAGUGACUGCAGGGACUAGGCAAAUUGGACCAGUGGUCUAACGUGACAUAAGGUAGCUUCCUAUGUUCCUAUUUUACAGCCAAGCAGAGGUAACCAAAGCCACUAGGAGGGCACAUAUAAAAACUAGUCCUGUGGACAGCCUUUCUAUGGAGUCUAGGCUUGUCUUUAAUCAGGUAAUUCCACCAGCUGUCUUGUCAAAAAUCAAUUAAAGAUUUUUGUGUGUCCAGACUGCCUGUCAGCAAGGAGGCAACCUUUCCCUCUAACUGUUCUGUAUUGCCUCUGUAGGGGGUGAGACUCUUCCAUCACUCUUGGGCCAGAGACUACAGAAUUGACUCUGUGUCUACUGCUGUGGAUCUAAUGCCUUAUUGCUGGAGGCACAGGCAGAAUUAAGAGUCGGGUGAACUGGUAAUGUAGUAUAGUUUUCUUCAGGAGCAAUUAUCUUCUAAAACUAAACAGGUUUCCUCUAAUUGCCAGUACAAAGGGUUUUCAGCAAAGAGGAGGAAGGUUAAGCUGUGUGUUGUUCUAGACCAAGCACGUCCAACAGGUACCUGAACCCAAAAAAAGGGGGUAGAUCACUCUGAGGAGUUGGCCACCCCUAGACUAUCACUGUGGUCAAUAUAUAGACUGUGGCUGUAGUUCAGUGGUAGAACAUAUACUUUCCACAGAAGUACAGGCUUGAUGGGUCUCAAACUGGUGUUGAAUUAGGGACUUCCCCUGCAUGCAAAAGGCAGGCUCCAGCAGAUUGAGAAGAAGAAACCAAUAAUGGGUCCAACAAUCAAGAAGUGGGUUUCUGCGUGUGCUGUAGAGCAAAGUGAGGGCAGAUGGGGCUUGUCAACCUGGGUAAGCUCUGGUCCUAAAUCUCUGCUAUACUCAUUUGUGAGAAAGGCUUCAGGGGUAAACCCCAAGGGAAAAUCAGUACCCACACUGCCUUGUUGAAGAAGAAAAGGAUUAAGAGUAAACCCUACACAAAUCCUGAGUCCCUAAGGCAGUUGGAUGGUGCUUUGUAUGCUUCCUUCCAGCAACUCCUGGAGCCAAGCGGCCAGACUUAUUGCUCUGCUUUCCUUUGAACUACAUCAGUGAGGCCAAGAGGCUUGUCAUCUGGGCAGCCCAGGACCUCAUACACACUGCCCAGCCUUGCACCCUUUGGUGCUUCUAACACAGCAGUUUGACUUCACCCCUGGAGGCACAAUCCAUUCUCUCUCAAAAAAGAUGGAUGCCAACUGCAGGCUUGAUCACUGGCAUAUCUAGGUAUGAUUGCGAACAACCCUGUCUGAACCUCUAGAGAGGCAUGUCAAGAAAUGGAAGAUAUUGGUGUGUGUAGCAGGAGGGAAGGGCCUGUUGCACAAGCAGAAAUCCUUGUACUGGUAGGAGCGAUUAGUUGAAUACCCCCAAAAUCUUAUCUUGCACCAGCUGCAGAAGAAAUACAACAUAACGAAAGAAAUUUAUUACUGCAGCCUUCCCUGAUGUUGUAAGAGACCUGUGUGAAUUGAAAGGUUGAUACUAUCUGGCAGCUGUGGACUAUGUCACUGAUCUUCAUUUGGUGGGUCAGGAUCCACUAGUGAGUUGUGGCCUGAUCCUAGUUUGGUUACAACAGGAGCACUGCCACCAUGCAAAUAUAGCAUGAAAUAUAUCGUAAAAGAUCCAGAAAUGGGUCCCCAAAUGCAUGUUUAGGUUAAAAAUGGGUCCUGGCUCUGAAGAGGUUGAAAAUAUCUGGGUUAUGAUUCCCCAAUAACGCCGCACCUUUUCCUCAUGCUUAUACUUCUGCCACCCCCAAAACUCUCAGGAGAGGCUGUAGUGGAGAGGAGUGUGGAAUUCCCCUUGAACAAGCGUGAAUUCAGCAUUAGGUACCAUCUGUUAUUGUUUUUAUUUUGUUGUUCUAUGCAUUACUAUUUUGAGCAUUGCAGUAGAAAUGUUAAGCUACCUUGGGAGAACUUGCCCUAAAAAGCAUGGUGGAAAUAAUGUAAACAUAAUAUUAUUCAAAGUAUAUUGCACUCUCCUUGGCUAAUGUUACUUGUCGCAGCGUUCUUUCACAAUUUAUCCUUGUUAACUGGCAUACCAGAGGAAAAUGUGACCUACAGUCUGACGCAAUGGACAGUAGCUAAGCCCCAGUUUUUCUGGACAUCUUACAAGUUUCACUGUAUCACCACUAGCCCUCACUACUCUCAAGCAACAGGAAGGUGGAGAAACCAGUACAAGCCGCUAACAACAAAAUGUCCCACAUACUGCGCUCUCAAGCUGUACCUCAACACUGCUGCUGGAUUGUUUCAAAGUGUCCCCCUGCACAAGUGGAGGUCAUUUAGCUUGCACAUUUAUUUGGGUGAAAACUGCCCAGUGCCUAGACCACAUUCUGCUGAGGCUGCCUGGCACAUGAACAGAAACCAACAUGGCAUUUUCCUAUUGUUGAGAAGCUACAAUUGGCAAAUGCCACAAGUUCAUCUUCUCAGUCUUCCAGUGCUGCCUGAUAGAGACGUUACUGCUCAGAUACUUGGAAACCUGGAAGAUUUAGAGGUGAAGGAGUGGUUACUUCAUCAAUGUGUCUUAACAACACUUCAAUAUUAUUUAAUAAUAUUUAAUAAUUUAUUAUUUAUUCCCCAGCCACUCUGGGUGGCUUCCAACAAAAUAUUAAAAAUACAAUAAAGCAUCAAACAUUAAAAACUUCCCUAAACAGGGCUGCCUUCAGAUGUCUUCUAAAAGUCAGCUGGCUGUUUCUUUCUUUGACAUCUGACGGGCGGGCGCCACCACCGAGCUCGGAGCUACCCCUCCGCGUCCGGGCUGAGCGAUGGGGGUGGAUGUUUGGUAUAGAUCAGGCAUCUUAGUGCUGCCUCAAUCCUGCUUUUUUCGGGCUGGGUGUGUUCCUUAAACAGAAGGGGGGAGAUGAGAUCACAGAUUCGUCCAGGAGGAGCCCGAGACAUUUGGGCGCCUGAGGCAAAGCACAGCCGGCAAGCCGGUGAGGGAAGAUCUGCGUCGCGAACAAGGGCCAAGUCCAGCCCGGCAUCGGCUGCAGAUCCUGCCGAGGGCGCCUCUUGCGGGGGGGAGCCGGCGGAAGGGGCGCCCUUCGGCUCCUCCUCGCGGGCGGGCGGGCGGGCGGGCGAGGCCGGGGACACCGAGCCAGCCUGGGCCUCCGAAGGCGCAGCAGCUGCUCUCGGGACAGACCGACUUCCCCCUCAGGGCGAAAAGCGCCGCCAAGACUUCUCCGCCUCUGCGCGGCGCCCGAGAGACGCGCCCAAGAUGGCCGCCAGGCCGACUCAGCCGAGCAACAAUUGGCCGGAAGCGCCUCUCCUGCGGGCUCCUCGGGCUGGGCGGGGCUUCGUCGGGAAAGCCGCCAUUGGUGGCCGCUGACCCUGAUGUCACCGGGUGGGCGUUUGCCCCGCCUUGGCCGGGAAAUCACAAGGGCGCCUUGGUUCACGGCGGGCUCCCAUUAGCGGCGCAGGCUGCCACUCGUCAACGAGGCUGAGGUGGAAAUCCCGGCCUCCGUCGGCAAUAGGAGCAAUGUUCACUUGUGUCGAGCGCGAUUGGUCAGUUCAACCUGCCUAUCAGGCAAUUCUGUGGGUGGGCGGCGAUUGGCCGCCGUGUUCUCCCGUUCCGGAAUCGAACAGCGCCCGAUGACGCGACCAACCUCUCGUUUGGCACGAAUGAUGCUCUUCCAUUGGCCGCAUCAUUCUGCCAAUCCGACGGAAGGGAAGUCUCAGCCGCCUUUUAUAAGACAGCGACGGCCUCGAUGUCAGUACGGAGUUACGCGAUUGGGCGGUGGCUUCUAUCAAUCACGAAGUGGGUGGGGCCUGCGAGGGGCUGCUGAGGAGAGUCCGGGCGGCUGCGAGUGAGCCGGGCGGAGCCGGCAGUGGAGGCCGCCGAGAGAAGCGGGUAAGAGGGAAGUUCCUACGACGGCGGGACGGGAAGCAGCUGCCCUCAUGGCGACUGGGCCUCGCUUCCUUCAAAACGGGGGGGGGCUUUAGCCUCACGAAAAAGCUCUGGGUGAAAAGUUUGGGGGGGGGGGUCGAGAGGCGAAUGUGCGGCGCAUGCGCGAAGCCAGAAGACGGUUGGCUGCUGGGCGGCGGCGAAGGGGGAGGAAGCGCGCCUGAUUGGGCGGCUCCGCGGGGAAGGGGGCGGAGGCGGAGGCCGAGGGGCUUUCGGAGCCCCUUGCGCAUGUGCGGCCUCCAUCCGUGGCUGGGGGGGCACAAACACGGAGCUGCCCGAGCCCCCCCCCCCGGUUGGCUGUAAUCGCUUGUACUUUUAAAUCACGGAGUUGGGGCGAGUUACAGCAACUUGAAGUGGGUCGGCGUGCAAGGCCUCGGUGCGCCUGUGCUCCUCUGGGUGGCAGGUGGGCACCAUGUAGGACCGGAGGUCAAACCUAUGCUAAAAGUCACAGGUGGUUCGUAGUCUUGAUGGAAAAGUGGCGUGCAUGUCUACUCAGAAGUAAGUCCUGUUAAAUUCAAAAGCUUAUACUCAAGUAUUCCUUGCUGGAUCGCUGCCCAAGUAUAACCUCUUCAAUGUACAGUACAUUAAUUGUCCUUCCACUUUGAUGGAAUGGUGCUUGUAAUUGUCUUGCUUUAGUCUAAAUACAAGAAGACUAACAGUCAUCUACUUUAUAGGAUGUCAUUAUCAGCUGCUGCUUCCUCCAAAACUGAUAUUGGGUGUAUUAUUAACAUAUAGCUUUUUUAACCCAUAAAAACACAUUCCCCUUUAUUUUUCGAUGAGUAAAUAAUUUAAGGCAGAAGUUAGAUACUGAUACACAAGUUUUGGACAUGAAGCUGUAAGACCCUAAGAGGUAUCUUAGUUUUUGCUAGUUGGGAAAUAAUAAAAAAUAUUGAAAUUUAGACCCACGUGGUAAUGAAAAGAUAUUGCUAUUUGAUCUUAGAAGGUAGGCAUAAUUACACAGAAUCAGAAGACAUUCAUAUAUUUAGAGAGAUGAUUCAUAAGCACCCCUAUAAGACAAACAAGAAGUGGUUCUACAUGGAGUACAUCAUCAUACUAAUGCUGCAGACCUGGAAACACUCUGUUGGGAAUGAACUCCAUUGAACUUGGUGGGGCUUGGUUCUGUAUAAUCAUGAAAACAGGUUGCAAAACUAGUUGUAGAGAAAGUCAGCUAUCCUGAAUGCAGUUCACAUCUCACUUCAUCUUCAUAGAUGAUAUCCUUGAAAAUAUUAGCACAAAUCAGUAUAUUUGUCUUUAGCAUAAUCGGGGUCUGUAAGAUCCAUAGUUUCUGCUUCUUUAUUCUUCAUGUAUGUCAGAGUUACUGCUCUCAUGUGUGUUUGUUUCCUGAUUGUGUGUGUGUUGUAUUAACUUUAUUUCACUUGAAAUAAAAGAUGGAGUCUUGAGACGUGCAAAGGCCUUGCCACCAGGUUACAGCAACAAUAUGUUUGGUAGGCUUGGGAGUUUGUUAAAUAAUCUAGACAAAUACAGUAGCACUGCUGUCAUUACCUUUAAACCUGGGUUCUGUGGCAAUGUAAUUAACUCUGUAACAAUAAUGCUAACCAGUUGCAUAAUAUUGAAAUAUAAAAUAUUGCACAGGAAUUCAGUUUUCUCUUUUUUGAGUGGGCAAAUGAGGGGAAAAAAUAUUGGCAGAGGGGGAUGCAGAAUGGGAAAAAAAACUAAUUUCCUCUUGUGUUUUUUCCUGGGCCCUCAGUCCAGUUAUCCCCUCUUGCAUUCAAGGGAUGACACUGGAGUAAAUUGAGCAUCACCUCUCUCAACUUUAGCUCUUGACCAUCAUAUGGGAAUAAUAUUGAACAGUUUAAUUUUUCGCCUUCUAGCAUAGGAAGCACUAGCAAAUUUGUCAAACAUAUUUAUCAUGCAAAUUUUUCAGAUUUGCAAACUUGUGUCCUUUAUUAGAGGGCAGGUAGAGAGAAAGUUUCCCAGCACUGUAAUAAUGAAAACUUGGAUUUCUCUAUUGAUUUCUAUGGUCAGUUAUCACUUGUACUUCUCUUGAGUCAUGAGCUUUCAUGUCAGAAAUUUCAAGGGAAUUUGGAGAAAGUGUUUUAUUCCAUGUCUGAGAUGAUUGUUCCUACUUUACUUUUCUUUUGUUGAAUGCUUUAUUGAAAUUAAAAGACAAACAGAAAUUCAUCCAGAAAUAACAAUAGAAAAUGCUACAUCAUAUCACAUUAAAUUCUUAUUACAUCUAUGACUUCCCGUCACUCCGUCAUGCAUCUACCACCUAUUUCUUUGAGCUCACUUUCCGUUUUCCUUUAUUGAUUGUCAUUAAUGACUUAUUCUUCUAUAAGUUCCUAUUAUACCACAGAAGUCAUUCAAGGCCUGCCAUUGACGUCAUAUUAUUACGAUGUUCCUUAAAGUAUAUUUUGUACAUGUCCCAUUCUUUGAUAAAUGUUGUUUAGUAUGUCCUCUCAAUUUCCCUGUCAUUUUUGCCAGCUCAGUGUAUUCUAGCAGUUUGCUUUGCCACUCCAGUUUGGUUGGAAUUGUGUCCACUUUCCAGUUUGAAUUGAUUGAUAUUCUUGCAGCUACCGUAGCGUACAAUAAUAUUGUCCUUGGUUUUUUAGGUAUGUCUGAACCUAGUAUCCCCAAGAGGAAAGCUUCCGGCUUUUUUAUAAAAGAGAUCUUAAACAUCUUUUUGAGCUUGUUAUAGAUUACCUCCUAAAUUCCUUUAUUUUCUUACAGUUCCACCACAUAUGUAGUCCCACAUCUCCAACAUUUACUUGAGGUAUUUUUAUACAUUUUCGAUAGUUUUGAUGGCAUUAAGUGCCAGCAGAAUUGCAUUUUCAGAAAAUUUUCUUUCAAUACAUAAUCUGCGGUGAACCUCAUCUCUACCUCCAUUUUACUGAUUUUACUGAUUUUUUUUACUGAUUUUACCUCCUCCUCCUUGACUUCCUGGUCAAGGAGGAGUCUAUACGUUUUAGAGAGGGUUUUUCCUUUGGAGUUAAUCUGUUCUUUUUCCAGUCUGGAGGGCUCUGUCGCGAAGCCAUUUCAUUUUUCAAGUUUAAAUAUCUCAUGGAGUUGGUGAUAUUGUAACCAAUCUGACAGGUAUACCCUAAUUUCUUCAAAAUCUUUUGGCUUAAUCUGAUUUUCUUCCUCUUUUAACAAUACUUUGUAUGUUGACCAAUUCCCUUUCAUCCUUUUCUUCUUUACUGCCAAUGCUUCUAUAGGAGAUAUCCAUCAUGGGGUUUUGGGUUCAAGCAGACCUUUGUAUUUUGCCCAAACCAUACAUAGAGGCUUCCUUAUAACAUGAUUUAAAAAGCUUUUGUGUACCUUGACCUUGUUGUAACCUAAGUAGGCAUGCCAGCCAUAGCGGUUGUCAUACCCAUCCAGAUCUAAAAGGUGAUUAUUUUGUAGUAUACACCAUUUCCUGAUCCAGAAGAGACAGGACACCUCGUAGUUGAGUUUCAAAUCUGGCAGGGAAAAUCCCCCUCCUUCUUUAAGAUCAAUUAAUAGUUUAUGUUUGAUCCUGGGCUCCUACUUUUCUGUGGGGAGGGUAUGUUCUAUAUUCUUGUGGCAUUUAAAGAAACAAGUAGUUUAUCGAAUGAGAAGGCUGCAUUGCAGUGGGAGCAGCAAGUUUGAUUGUUGUCCAAAUGUCAUUGCUGUGGGGCAGCCUCGUUCUCUGAACUACAAUUCCAGAAGUACUUUGGAUGACUCAAAGAUGCAAGUUUUUCUUUUCUGUCUCCCCCACUCCUUGCUUAAAGGUAAAGGGACCCCUGACCAUAAGGUCCAGUCACGGACGACUCUGGGGUUGCGGCGCUCAUCUCGCUUUAUUGGCUGAGGGAGCCGGCGUACAGCUUCCGGGUCAUGUGGCCAGCAUGACUAAGCUGCUUCUGGCGAACCAGAGCAGCGCACGGAAAUGCCGUUUACCUUCCCGCCGGAGUGGUACCUAUUUAUCUAUUUGCACUUGGACGUGCUUUCGAACUGCUAGGUUGGCAGAAGCAGGAACCGAGCAACAGGAGCUCACCCCGUUGCGGGGAUUCGAACCGCCGACCUUCUGAUCGGCAGGUCUUAGGCUCUAUGGUUUAACCCACAGCGCCACCCGCGUCCCUCUUAAAUCACUCCUUGCUUAAAUCAGAGUAAAUUUGUUUCCCAACUUGCUGAGUCACUUGAGGAUACUGGCCUUAAUCAUGUGUUAGAUGAGAAUAACUUGUUCCUUACAGUUUAGUUUCAGGACAUCUUUUGAGCUAGAUUUUCUAUUCUGCUGAUUGGAAGUUUGCAUUAAGGAAAGGUUAUUCAGAAGCUCUCUCUUCUUUAUUUUCUACCAGAGAAUCUUUGUUGUGAGAUGUCUUCCCAUUAAAGGGGAUUCUAAACUACGGGAGAUAGAAAGUCUGACAUUCAUAGCUGUAAUGGAGAAUACCCUUACAAGAAAUCUCUCAAGACGAUUAAUCUAGAGUUUAAUUUGGUUGGUUAAUUCUUGCCUUAAAACCCGUUUAAGAAAGCAGACAUUAAAUCUUGGCCAAGCAGACUGAGCCCUUUUUCUUUUCUUUUUGAAGCGGAAAGUCUGCUUAGAACUACAGAUAUGGGUGUAACUUGUCUAGCUUUAUAUAUCCUCUCAGUGUACAUCCAAACUAAUUAGUCACCAGGGUAUUCUGUUCCUCCCAUCAGAACCCCAAGUUCUGGCAUAAAAGCAUUCUGGCUUUUGAAAACAGCAUGCAGGCUUCCAGCUAAGCUAGACUUGGCUAUGAAUCCCCAGUACCAUGUUUCAGAACUGGGCAGUGGUUUUUUUUUCCUAGAGAAAAAGGCUUCUAUUCUGGAUCUUAUGAGUCAAACUAGAAGAAGAGCCAACUAGCUCAUUUGGUCCCAUUUCAUAAACAGCAUCAGUAGGGCAGUUUUCAAUACAGUGGUGCCUCGCAAGACGAAAUUAAUUCGUUCCGCGAAUUUUUUUGUCUAGCGAAUUUUUCAUCUUGCGAAGCACGGUUUCCCAUAGGAAUGCAUUGAAAAUCAAUUAAUGCGUUCCUAUGGUCAAAAAAAGUCCAAACAAAGCCAAAUUUGGUACAACAAGAGUUUAUUAAGUGAUCUUUAAAGUCACACAUACUGUAAAGAGCAUUUCAAAAUUCAAAACCAGAUUUUUUUUAAAAAAAACAGCAGAGUUGCCCAAUGGUCACAGAAAAACUUUAAAAAUGCAGGAAAAAAACACACAAGCUUCCAGAUUCUUGCAAACCCCUCCCCAACUGUUCCCCCAGCCACCUAGCACACAGAAAUUCAAAUCCAGAAUUUUUUUAAAAACAGCAGCGUGCCCCACUGUUAUCAAAAAAAUCAUACAAAUGCAGGAAAUAACACACAAGCUUCCAGAUUCUUGCAAACCCCUCCCCAACACCGUCCUUGAAUUCCAAACACCCCAACCCAAAAUCCAAAACCCCCCAAAAAAGUUUUAAAAGCUUAACUUACCAAAUGGCUGCAAAAGAAGUUUUGGAAAAGCUUCAAAAAUCACCGAAGUCUUUAAAAACCUCAAAAAAGGCUACUAUGUACACUGCGUUCUAUGAGUUGCUCCUCGAAGUCAAGUCGCAACGGUAUUAACGGUGUUAAGAAAAAGGAAACAAACUUGCAAGACGUUUUCGUCUUGCGAAGCAAGCCCAUAGGGAAAUUCGUCUUGCGAAGCAGCUCAAAAAAUGGAAAACCCUUUCGUCUUGCGAGGCAUUCGUCUUGCGGGGCACCACUGUAUUGUAUGUUAAUAGUUGUAGCUUAUAGUGAAUCAUUGUACUCUUAAUGCAGUGAAAAAGGGAGCAGACAUCUUUAUCCUUUUAGAAUAUGUGUGGCCAACAAAAUUUUACUCAAACUAAACCUGUUAAAAUUAAUGAACAUGACUAAGUUAGGCCCAUUAAUUUCAGUGGGCCUACUCCGAGUAAAACUUGAAUACCAUCCUAGAUCUUUUGACUAAAGGUUGACUGUGAUUAGUAUUUCAGCAUCUAUGCUUGGUGUCUAGAUGUAAGUAGUAAAACUAAGCUCCCAAAAACAAAUUUAGCCAGUUGCCAUUGACUACUUCACGUUCCAAAACAAAGCAGUUCCUGUUUAUUUUAGAAGGGCAUCAAGUAAACUUCAAAAUGAUAAAGAUCCUUCUACAGAGUGUGCAUACGCACAGUCAUGCGAGUCUCCUAAAUUCAGCCUUGAUCUCACUUUUGGAAAGGUUGUGCAUCCAUACUUUGUCUCUACACCAAUGCACAGAGUAUGGGAAAUUGGAGCUUUUAGUACAGGGUGGCAAAUAUGACCUGGUAGGCAUUACUGAAACCUGGUGGUAUGAGACUCAUGACUGAAAUGUAGGAAUUGAGGGGUAUAACCUAUUCAAAAGGAAUAGACCAAACAGGAAGGGAGAAGGUGUAGCAUUAUAUAUAAAGGAUGUGUUCACUUGUGAAGAAAUCCAUGACCUGGAGCAUGAAAAGCAGAUUGAGAGUAAAGGGCAGGCUUCCUUAACUUUGGCCCUCCAGAUGUUUUUGGCCUACAGCUCCCAUGAUCUCUAGCUAGCAGGACCAGAUUGAGAGUAUAAGGCAGAGAUAAAAGAAUACCUGGACCAAAAUACUUUCCCAAAAAUUUCUAAAGAACAAAACAAAAUUCUGAAUGACCCUAUCACAGUUUUGAAGUCCAACAGGCAAUUAAGCAUUCCAAAUCAGGAAAAACACCGGGGCCUGAUGGCCUCCCUGCAAUUUAUUAUUAAAAAAUUAGAAGAGGUAUUGUUCGAACCCUUGAAAACAACAAUGAACAACAUCCUAGAAUAUGGUAUAAUGCCUGAAUCAUGGAAGGAAAGUUACAUCACACUGAUCCCAAAACAGGGAACAGACCAGCUAUCAAUAGCCAAUUAUAGGCCUAUUUCGUUGUUGAACAACAACUAUAAACUCUACACCUAUAUUUUAGCCGAAAGAAUGUAAAAAAUUCUCUAAACCGUAAUACAGACCAGGCCGUAAUAACAGACUGUAAUAAAGACCAGGCUGACUUUUCCCCCAGUCGCCUAAUUCAGAGUAACAUCAGAAAUAUCAUAAAUGUGUAGGAAUAUCUGGAAUCACAAUUGAUAAAUCACCAGUCUUAAUAGUGGUCUGUUGGCCCACGCCCCCACCUUCCUCACCUGUCCUCCAGUCCAGCAGGACCUGCUAUGUGAUCUGAUGGUGAAUUUGGGAUGACCCAAUGCAAAGAUCCUGAGGAUCUGUGUGGAUCCGUGCUUUGUAACCACGUUUUAAGUGGGGAGGGAAGGAAAAACAUAGAAGGGACAAGGAGCACCGAGAGGGGUGUGCGGAGAAGCAGCUGGCUAAGAAUGCAGGAGAGGGGUUUUACCGGAGGGAGGAAAGGAAGGCAAAAGUUCCCCCCACGCACCCACCCAAGCCAGCCAGCUCUCUCUCUCCCCCACCUGCAUGUUGCAGCACCGGAGCACGAGAGAAAUUAGAAGGAAGGACGCUCUGCUUUCCCCUCUGCUUGCCUGGAGGGGAGGGGUUUUCUCUGCUCUUUGUUCCGUUUGAGCAAACACAGUAACAAACAGAAGCGGGUGGGCAGUAAGACCCUGAGGCAGAAUGCAGGAAAGCAGCAGCUUCCUCUUUUCAAGGCUUCCCUUCUCCGGACGAUUGAUAUUUGCCUGAUUUUUGCCUUCACUCACGCCUGUCGGCUCCAGGGACCACACAUUCGCUCAAUAACAUGCACAGACAUUUCCCCUUACUUUUUAGGAGAAAAAAUCUGCGUGUUAUAGAGGGAAAAAUACGGUACAUUUCCCAUAAAUCCUUUGGCCUUUGGUUUUCCCACAGUGCAACAGUGCUUCAGCUUGACCAGAGUUUGUCUACUGAGAUUUCCUAACUUCACUACAUGGUCAAUGCGGAGAAAGCAUUUGAUAAUUUUUCUUGGAGAUUCAUGACAACUAUGCUGCGGCAUAUGGAGAUCGGAGACUCAUUCUGUAAUGGAAUUCAGGCUAUUUACACAAAACAGAAGGCAAAAAAUUAUAAUAAAUGGGAACAUUAAUGUGAAAUUAAUAAAAGGACAAGACAGGGCUGUCCGCUCUCUUCACAUAUUUAUUUUAGUAAUGGAGUCUUAAGUAAGAAAAAUUAGAGAUGAAAAGAAUAUUAAGGGUAUAACACUGGGAAAUAAUAUAUAUAAACUAUGGGCAUUUGCGGAUGAUAUUAGCAUCACAACCGAAAACCCAGAGUCUAGUGAAAACCUUGGAAAUAAUCAAUAAUUAUGGGAAGGUAGUGGGAUUCCAACUGAAUAUAAGUAAAACCAAACUUAUGGCGAAAAACCUUUCCCAAGUAGAGAAAGAAGAAUUUGAAAAGAUAACAAAUCGUAAAAUUUGUCAAAAAAAUAAAAUACUUGGGAAUAUUUUUAACUACUAAAAGCAUACGGUAUAUCUUUACGAAGACAAUUAAUUAUGUCAAGGCAUGGUCUGAAGUUAAAAGGAAUGUGGAGAUUUGGAGCAAAUUAUAUCUAUCUUUUGGGGGGCGUAUCUCGGCUGUUAAACUAAAUAUUUUGCCAAAGAUGCUUUUUCUGUUCCAAUCCAUUCCUGUUAUAGGGAAAACAAGCUGCAUUGAAAAUUGGCAGAGGGAAAUAUCUAAAUUUAUCUGGUCAGGGCAAUUUCAAAAAGCUGAAGGAGCUACUGGGUGAGAUCCCAUGGUCAGAAAUACUCAAGGAGAAGGGAGUCCAAGAAGGAUAGGAGUUUCUAAAGGGAGAAAUAUUGAACACCCAAAUGCAGACAAUACCAACAAGAAAGAAAAGUGGGAGGUAUCUAAGGCAUCUAAGCUGCAUAAGGAAUUUACAGAUGAGCUGAGAGUUAAGAAGGGCAUGUAUAAGAAAUGGAAGGAAGAGGAAAUCAGAAAGGAGGAGUAUACAUGAGUAGCCAACAGUUGCAGGGGAAAAGUUAGGCUGGCUCAAGCUCAGAACGAGCUCGGGCUUGCAAGAGAAGUUAAAAAUAAUGUUAAAAAAAGGUUUCUUUGGCUAUGUCUGAAAUUGGAGGAAGAACAAGUAAGUGGAAGCUUCUCUGUGUGGAGAAGACUGAGAAAUGCUAUUAGGUGACAGAGAAGAAGGCAGAACUAACUACUCAACACCUACUUUGCCUCUGUCUUCACCCAGAAGGAAAGUGAUGCCCAGCCUGAUGAUAACAGAAUAAACGAUGUAAGGAGGGAGCUGCAGCCCAAGAUAGGAAGAGAGGUAGUAAGCGAACACCCAACUGCUUUAAAUGAGUUCAAAUCUCCAGGGCCUGAUUAGCUGCAUCCAAGGGUACUAAAGGAGCUUGCGGGUGUAAUUUCAGAGCCUUGGUCUGUUGUCUUUGAGUAUUCUUGGAGAACAGGUGAUGUCACUACAGACUGGAGGCGGGCAAAUGGUGUCCCCAUCUUCAAAAAGGGGGAAAGAAGACAUAGGUAACUACCAACCACUGGGUUUGACAUCAAUACCAGGGAAGGUCCUAGAACAAAUAAUUCAACAGUCGGUCUGUAAGCAUUUAGAAAAGGAUGCUGUGAUUACUAAGACCCAGCAUGGGUUUCUCAAAAAUAAGUCAUGCCAGACCAAUAUGAUUUAUUUUUAUGGAUGGAAUUACAAACUUGGUGGAUCAGGGAAAUGCUGUGGACAUAGUGCAUAUUGAUUUCAGUAAGACUUUUGACAAAGGUCCCCCAUAAUAUUCUCACGAGAAAGCUUGUAAAAUGAGGUUUGAACGAGGUAACUGUUAGGUGAAUUUGUAGCUGGUUGACUGAACCCAAAGAGUACUCAUUAACAGUUCCUCAUCAUCCUGGAAAAAAGUGAAAAAUGGGGUGCUGCAGGGUUCCGUCCUGGUCCUGUUGUUCUUUAGCAUCUCUGUAAAUGGCAUGAAUGAAGGAAUUGGGGGGGAUGCUCAUCCAAUUUGCAGAUGAAUGAAGGAAUUGGGGGGGAUGCUCAUCCAAUUUGCAGAUGACACCAGACUGGGAGGGGUAGCUAAUGUCGCAGAAGACAGAAUCAAAAUUCAAAAUGACCUUGACUUCUGGUGCUUCCUGCCAUAAUGGAGGCAGCUCCCGCAUUAGCAGAGAUUGGUAGCAGAUCGUAAACAAGGAUGAAUAAGGGUAAUUGUCCUUGCAGGCCCCCCCCCCCCGAUCAGGGGGGUGAGCACCACUCGCAGAUCAUCUGAUACCUGGCUCUCGUCCCAACACGGAGACGGGAGGCGGGAGGACCUGAGUGCAAAGCAAUUCGCUUAUCGGUAACCCUCUGACACAGCCACUAAGGGCAGAGGCUUUUCUGUUUAUUAGUAAGAAAGAAAUUGGAUUUAAUUUGCAGGCGUGUACUGGAUUAAAGGGACAAGAUAAUCUGCUGAAUCAGCCACUGAGUCGCAAUGUUUUGAUCUGGAGAGAUUUUCUUCAUAGCUAAGUGUGGUGUGUUGGAGGAGGGGAGCCUUUACCCUUUCUUUAUAUACCAUGUUUGCUGCUUUAUUGAUUCGGCAAACCUCCCCCUGAGAGUUAAUGGAGUGAGAAAAAGCAAGAGGAAAUCACUGAUAACAAGAUAAUAUUUAUGGAUUAUUACAAAAUAUAUGGAACUGUCUGAGAAUAUUGAUAGGAUUUAAAGCAUCGAGUUUCCACUGAAUCGCUUUUGAAGAUCUACCAUAGCUUUGGUGGGACACCAGAUCGUUAGCCACUGAGUAUUGGAUGAGAAAGAUAAGUGGAGAACUGCCCGGGGCUAUGGUGGGACGUCAGACCUUUUGUUAGAAAGUCAUGAAACCUGUGGGUGUUAAAUAAAGGAUCAAGAUCAGAACUGUUGUAAUUGGAAUAAUCAAGAUUAUGGAAGCAGAAAGAAAUAAAAGCUUUGUACCCUGAAAUCUAGCACACGGGAAGUCACCCAAAAUAGUUUAAUUUGGUAUUUGAAUAGUUGGCUAUUUAAUUGUAUUGUAAUUUUGUAUUGUGAUAAUGUGGCUCUUUUGGAUCAUUGUAAUUAAAAAAAAUUAUACAAAAAAAAAAUCAAAAUGACCUUAACAGAUUGGAGAACUGGGCGCAAGCUAACAGAAUGAAUUUCAGUAGGGAUAAAUGUCAGUUUCUGCACCUAGGCAGGAAAAACCAGCUGCACAAAUAAUAGGAUGGGUUGGGGGUUUCACCUGACUUACUAGCAGUACAUGUGAAAAGGAUCUAGGGGUCUUUGUGGGCCACUAGCUUAUCAUGAUACAGCAGCAAAAAAAACUAACGCUGUUCUAAGUUGCAUCAACAAAAGUAUAGUGUCCAGAUCAAGGGAAGUAAUAGUCCCUCUAUUCUGCCUUGGUCAGACAAACACCUGGAAUACUGUGUCCAAUUCUGGGCACCAUAAUUUAAGAAGAAUGUUGACAAGCUGGAACGUGUGCAGAGGAGGGCAACCAAGAUGAUCAAGGGUCUGUAGACUAAAACUGAUGAGGAACGGUUGAAGGAGCUGGGUGUGUUUUGCCUGGAAAAGGAGACUGAGAGGAGAUAUGAUAGCCAUCUUCAAAUAUUGUAAGGGCUAUCACAUGGAAGAGGGAGCAUGCUUGUUGUCUCCUGUUUUUGUGGGUAGGACUUGAGGCAAUGGCUUCAAGUUACAAGAAAGCAGAUUCUGACUAAACAUUUGGGAAAACUUUCUGACAGUAAGAGCUGUUUGUCAGUGGAACAGACUCCCAAGAGAGGUGGGGGACUCUCCUUCCUUGGAGGGCUUUAAACAGAGAUUGGAUGGCCAUGUGUCAUGGAUGCUCUAGCUGAGAUUUGUGCAUUACAGGAGGUUGGACUAGAUGACCCUUGAAGUCCCUUCCAACUCCUAAGAUUCUAUGAUCCUAAUAUUGAUGCAUCAAAUGGUACUCUCCAGUCUGUUUUGGAAGUGCAUUUGUUGUUCUCCCAGGCUGCAGAUUCCAUUUGUAUUCUGUUACUUAGUGGUUUUGUUCUCAUCCUACAUAAAAACCAGGAAGAUCCAAUACCCAAGAAGUCUUUUCGAAGCAAGCAGGGAGGACAGGGCUCAGGUGGCACUGAGGUCGAAAAAGAAAGAAGUUCUCACAGACUGGCUCAGGCACAAAGGAAAUGACCAGAAUGUGACUUGUGAAUGGAGAGUUUCGAACACUGGUGAUCUCUGAUCCCCCUGAUAUUGUUCCUCAAAAUUCACUUGGAAGUUUUGUAGGCCUGAUCCAUCUGCAUUGUAGGGAUCAACAAAUGAAGGCUUCAUGAGCCCAAAUAUGGUUCCUGUGCGGAGUACCAGUUGGCCCUUCCAGCUGCCAACCCAGAGGCAAGAAAGAUUUGUUGGUGGCAUGGAGUCUCUGCUUGAGGGGCUUUCUAAUGUAUUGGGUCAUGAGUGAAGGUAAUGCCCAUCAUAUAUGUAUAUAUAUAUAUAUAUAUAUAUAUAUAUAUAUAUAAUCAUUUUUAUUAGUUUUCCAAUAAGAACAUCCAAUUAAAUCCAUCAAAUCAUAAUCCAAUUAAAAAUAAUAAAAUAAAAACAGCCAAAUUACAAUCCAACUUAUUAAUUAUUAAUUUUUUGGGCUUCCCAUACUCUGGACCUCUAAAGUAUAUCUCCAGUAUUUUCAUUUCUGCCUUCUUCCUGUUCUCAUAUUUUCCACAUUCCGAUCUUAACACUUUAAAGUUCCCUGUCCCUGGCUGUGCGAUAGUCAUGUCAGAGAUCAUAUAUUCUUUCAUCCGUCGGGUACAGUUUUAUUUGUGUAUAUAUAUUUUUUCAACUGUCAAUUUGCCAGCGCAGCUUUUCCUGACUUCAUUCCAAUCUUCCAAUCCAGGCUGUUGUCCAAGCCUGUCGUUUGUAGUUUAAUGACGCAGUAACUCCCAAGUUGUUAAAUUGUUACUGUUCACAAUAAAUUCCCAAUGUUAAGUUGUUAAGCAUACUGUUUGCAAUAUUGAAAUGUAAAUGAACUGUAUUCCACAGAUGUAGGUCAUUUGGCGAUCGAUCAGCUUUCCUGGAGACCACCCCCCCCCCCGGGCCCUAGAAGGGGGGUUGCUAGACAUCAACUUAGCCUUCUCUCUCGCUCAUAAUGAAGAAAUUCUGCAAACAGAUGCACUGUACGUUGUCCCAAAUUGUUAUCUCAAGUCAUUAUAAAGUAAGCUAGCAAGUAUUUCCCACUUCCCUCGAAAAAAGGGAGGAAUUCUCAUUUUUCCGUGCUGCGUCAUACUAACAAGCGCCAUCUUGUUUCUUUUUUUAUCUUUAUCAAGUUUAAGUAAAGCUGUGCAGCUGAAUACUUAAAUUAUAAAUAGAAGUCCAUCUGUACUCCAUUUUUUUUAAAAAAAUAGGUUUCUUAAUGAGGCUUGGCAUAGAAAAACAAUUGUAGGUAUAGAGAAGAAAAAAGAACAUACCAAGCACCUCCGUAAAUCCAAACACCAUGAUGAGAAUCUAUUGGAAGUCUGAGCUUAAACACCAGGGACUGUGCAAUUCUGCAGAUUUUUUCUCAAUCUUCUUCGGUCCAGACUAUGUCUGUUUAUUGUCCAAACCCAAUUAUUUUAUGAAACAGAUAUUUCCGGCUUAUGAGAGUGACUUUGGAGAGUGCCAGCCGUGCCGUGCUCUGGGACCCAGUGUCCUUGCCGCUUGCACCUUGGUGCCAGCUGACAAAACUUGGACGAUCUGCGGGUCUACGAGACAGUCCUCCCCCACCCUAGGGAGUCUGCCAGGGCUAAUUACCCCCAUAUCAACCCGAAUUACCGGCAUGGCUGAGGUCUGAUUGUGUGGGAGUCAGGAAGCCCUCGCCCAUCCCCAGUUGCUAAGAGGGUGCUGCUUUUCUUCCUUCAGGAGAGAUGGCUGCCAUACGCAAGAAACUUGUCAUUGUAGGAGAUGGAGCAUGUGGAAAGACCUGCCUCCUUAUUGUCUUCAGCAAGGACCAAUUCCCAGAGGUCUACGUCCCCACCGUCUUUGAGAACUAUGUGGCUGACAUUGAGGUGGAUGGAAAGCAGGUAAUACUGAUGUUGGGAGCCGGCCGGGCUGGGCAGAUGCCUGGGCGCAAUGACAGGGCCUGAUAUCUCCACCAUCUGGCUGGCUGGUGUGUUUUUUUGCUACCAUGCUAUGGUGCAAGUCAGUUGGCUCACGCGGUAGCACUUCAGCAAAAGAGCAGCAGCUUCUGCAAGCCACCUGACUCACACAGCAGUGCAGCAGCAGAAGAGUCUGCGUAUUUUGUAGAGCAUUAUGAACCAUUCUACUUUUUCCAUUUCUCUGAGGCCCAGCUGGGGUCCUGCUGCAAGCUCCUGUGCUGAGCCCAAAUUGGAGGCCAGCUGCUUGCCCACUAUAUAUAUUUAUAUAUUGUCUGGGGCAUUUGGCCUCCUCCUCUGAGUUGGUCAGUGUAAUGUGUGAAAUAGCCCUCUUCCUCUCCCCACUCCCAAGAGCAGAGAGGAAUUAAUUUGAGAGAAAUGAAGAAUAGCUGCAGAAAGAACAGGUGGUUCUUUUGGAACUGCAUUUCUUGGUGGUAACAGGGAGUAGAGUUUGGAGUAUGCUUUUCUGAUUGAAUUACAACAAUACCAGCAUCUUUCCACUUUGGUUGUGAUUCAUUACAGAAUCACAUUCAUUACAGACGCGGGUGGCGCUGUGGUGUAAGCCACUGAGCCUAGGGCUUGCCGAUGGGAAGGUCGGUGGUUCAAAUCCCCGCGGCGGGGUGAGUUCCUGUUGCUCGGUCUAAGCUCCUGACAACCUAGCAGUCCGAAAGCACGUCAAAGUGCAAGUAGAUAAAUAGGUACCACUCCGAUGGGAAGGUAAACGGCGUUUCCGUGCGCUGCUCCAGUUUUGCCAGAAGCAGCUUAGUCAUGCUGGCCACAUGACCCAGAAAAACUGUCUGCGGACAAACGUCAGCUCCCUCGGCCAGUAAAGUGAGAUGAGCGCCACAACCCCAGAGUCGUUCGUGACUGGACUUAACUGUCAGGGGUCCUUUACCUUUACCUUUAAGGAUCUAAUAGGGAAGACACUAGCACAUCACAGAAUAUGCUUUCGUUUAAUGGAGUGAUGACAGCACUUUGAGGACUUGCCCCCAUUAAGUUAUCAUAUUUGCAUUUCUACAGGUAGAACUUGCCCUUUGGGAUACAGCUGGCCAAGAGGACUAUGACCGCCUGAGACCCCUCUCCUACCCAGAUACAGACGUCAUCCUCAUGUGUUUCUCCAUUGACAGCCCUGAUAGUUUAGGUGAGUCUCCCCUGAGUAUGUGGGAGGGCUGACUGAAUAAGAAGCAGCAGAGACUUCUGUAGAUCUCUGGCUCUGGUCUCUUCCCAGAUGUCAGAUUGCUGAUGGGAGCAGUUAAACUGUCAUAGUAGUUGAUUAGCUGGUCAUAUGCUGUGUAUUACAUCACACCACGGCUGGCGUUCAGUGUUCUGCCGCUUGUCCCUCCCCAUUUCCGUCUUUCCCCCCAUUGCCUUCCCCCCCCCCAUGUACACAUGUCCCAGCUUUAACAUUGGCUGCACCACAUCCAUUUUCUGAGCUUGCUACUCCUGUACCCACAGUGGUGGAAGUCCUUUAAAUUUCAUCCUGGUGGUGUCUGAAGGAACUCAAGACAGUUUCCCAAAUCUUUGCUUUGGGGCACAAGUGGCUGACCACGGUCUUCCUAGGUUUAUGCUUAUGGUUUUACUUUGUGCCCCUACAGAGAACAUCCCUGAGAAGUGGACUCCGGAGGUGAAGCACUUCUGCCCCAAUGUGCCUAUCAUCCUGGUGGGGAACAAGAAGGACCUACGUAAUGAUGAGCAUACACGCCGGGAGCUAGCCAAGAUGAAGCAGGUGCAGAGGCAACUGACAUUCUUUGCUGGGAUUUAGUAUUGCCAUCAGAAUAGGAGGAGGGUACAAACAGCUAUGCAUAUGGCCAUUUGGGGCUUGAAAGGAAUCUAUGUCCUUUCCAUUUACAUCUGAGUAGAAACACAAGCCCAUCCAGAGAGGUAUAUUGUGGCCUUCUUCUCAUUUUUGAAGGGGGCUUGGCGAAGCUCAAAGCUACUGGUUUCCAUGGGGUUCUCAGUACCUUUUCACAACACACUCUAUUUGGACUGAAGACAGCACUUGGCUUGCAUGAUACCAUAAAAUAACCUCCAACUUCACAACCCUAGCAAGGGCUGGGUACCAGUUUUCAGCAAAGGAUAUAGUCCCAGGGAGUUAGUAUUGUGUGGUUAUAGGAGCCAGGAGUUCUGAUAGCUAGGCUCUAGCUUUGAUUGCUAGAUUCUACCUCAUUUCCCUUACCAGGAUAGAUCCGAGGCAACCUCACUGUCUGUUUCGCCCUUCCCUUUCAGGAACCAGUGAAGCCAGAGGAGGGACGUGACAUGGCAAACAGGAUUAGUGCUUUUGGCUACCUGGAAUGUUCUGCAAAGACAAAGGAUGGAGUACGGGAAGUGUUUGAGAUGGCCACCCGGGCUGCCCUGCAGGCCAAACGUGGGCGCAAGAAGACCUCAUGCCAGCUGCUGUAA